AUGGAGAUCCUAACCCCAAGUCCUGAGGUCCGCCUGACAGUAGCCCAGUGUUUCCGGACUCUUACCACAUCCACUGAUCCCAAAGACCUCGUUCCUGCUCUUCAGACUCUCAACUCUUACCUGGAUGAAGGACCAGGCAAUAAAACCACUUCAUCACAGCGUGCAGAGUUCAGGAGGGCUCACUUCACUCGCAGCCUGCAGUUCUUGGUCAGCAACAUCCAGGCGGACUGGGUUCACAGCCUCACAGCGACUCAGAGAUCAGAAUUAUGGGAUGGACUGUUCCUUAAAGGUCCUCCUGAGCAGGCUCUGCUGGUGCUGAUGGAUGGAAUAGGAGAGCAGAGGUCUGUCCUGUUGUAUACAGGAUGGGAGGGGGGUUAUUUAUUUCAUCUUAACUCAUCUUAUUCUGUUAUUUUCUUUCUACUGCAGUGCCAGUGCAGGUCUGGACCACUUGGUCAGCAUCACAGAGAAGUUUCUCCAGAGAUGUCGCCUUGCUGACCUCCUGUGGUACUACUGUCAGCAAACUAGUCCCUCUGACUCCCCCCAGCUCAGAGAGACUCUGCUUGGACGUAUUGUUUGUCUGCCGGAUCUCACUGCCAAUAAGUUACAUCUUAACAACAAGCCCCUUUUUCUGCCUCAGCAGUACUACCCUCUACUGGCCGCAGAGAUGUUCACUGCUCUGGAAAAGACCUGCCAAGCACUUAAAGGUGAGAAGACACCAGGCAGCUAAAGUCAAACCUAUGUUGUAAUGAUAUUUAAGUAAUCUUCCUUUAUACGGACCAUUUACCUAACAUGUAUCUUCAACAGACGGCACUGACUGCUCCUUAACAUUUGUGGCUCAGACGCUUGGGAAAGUUUGUGUCCAGGGCCACAGUGGUAAGUUAAGACACAUUUAAAUUAAAAAAGAAUAUUUUUUUGGCAACAUUUUUGUAACAUUUACCCCUUAAGCAUCUUUUAUCUCUUAUCUCUUUUACCUCUAUCUUAUUUUGGUUUUACUGUCUUUUUAGCUUUUGUUAUACUCUUUUCUUAAUUAACCUUUAAGGCAUUUUAUUGUUUUUUUUUUUGUUGUUGUUGCUUUUUUUGUUGUUUGUUUUCUCUUGCUCAUUUCUGUUGCUCUAUUUUAUCAUCACUAUUAUUAUCAGUAUUAUUUGUUAUUAUUUUAUUAUCAUUAUUGAUAUUGUCUUUUAUUUUUACUAUCCUGUUUCCUGCUUUCAACCCCCUUUUAAUUGCAUUUUCUUUUUCUUAACUGUUUUAUGUCUUUAUUUUGGUCGUCAUGGUCUCAUUUUAUGUUGCAGGGCUCUUGUAUGGUCUGGGUUCCUUAUGACUUAUGAAAAAGGCCUUCAGAUCCUUUUUAAUUGAGCUUUUGUUUUUAUCUGUCUUUUUCCAUGUGCUUUAUGACUACAUGUCAAAGCACUUUGUAAACCUCUGUUUUUAAGGUGCUACAAAAAUAAAGUUAUUAUUAUUAUCAUUAUUAUUAUUAGAUAAACAAAAACUGUGUCAUAUAGUCUCAUCAAAUACAUCUCAGGGCAUGUGAAGCUUGAAAUUGCUAUCAACAGACUAGUUACAUAUGAUAGGCACAUCUCUAUUUCACCUAAAUUCAAUUCUUGGUUCAUAAAGUACGACAUUUUAUUUGUCUAGGUUGCAGUUAUAAAAUGUGUGGUUACAGGAUCUCUCUAAUACGCCCCUCUUCAGGUUUGGUUCUGGCAGUGAUGGCUCCUCGGCUCUCGGCCUGCUCCCGCUCAGACAUGGUGUGGCAAAGAGUUAGCUGGAAGCUGUUCGAGAAUGUCCCACAGCGAUGGGUGGAGAGUGUCCUCACCGGUCUGGUGCAGGCUGUCAAUGGGUAAUUAACCAUCAAAAUGGGAUUCCUUAAACAGCUAACACACUUCAAAAUCAGUUUUCAUCAGAGUUUUGUUUUUCCAGUCCUGAAGCUCUGGGCAGGAUCAUUGGGAAUCUGGUGUUGACCAACAAAAAGGCUCAGUUUGUCAUCACUCACAAGAUGCUGUUACUGCAGUACAAGUAUGAGGUGCGGAGUUAUUUUGCAGACCUACAGUAAACUGUUUAUGUCUUAUAAAUAUCACAUUGAGUAUUUUUUUAUUCCCAGACUCGAGUCUUGAGGAUCAUCCUGGGUUACCUUGCAGCUGACAAGGACAGACGUCCUCUCCUCAUCCAAGUAAGAGCUUCAAAACCUUAAGCAGGCCAGAGAGUAUUGUGUAUCGUGUAUUUAUUAAUCAUUCUGAUCUGAACUCAUUUGGAUGUGUGCUCUCAGGUGUUGCGGUCUGUGUCUCAGGCCUGGGCUAACCCCAGCGCGGUGAAACACACACCUUUAGAGCAGCAACUGUAUGUGAGUAAGGCCUUACUGCUGAGUGUGAGUCUGCUAAAUGACUCUGAGCUACAGGAGCUUCGAUCAGGUACACAGAACAGUGUUUGAUGUCUCAAAAUUCAAAGUAGAAAUCCUUGAAUCUCAACAUCCUUUACUGAAGCUUUCAUUCCCGCUCUCUGACCUACAGUGUGAAUUUCUUUUAAGCUUAACGGACGUUAAAACUGCACAUUUAAAGUCCCUCUCUCCUCUCAGACUUGAUUCACUGUAUGCUGGAUGGCAUGCAGAGCCACCUAGACAGCAGCGUGGUACGGAUAAGACACAUGGGCAUGGUGGUGGGAGAGUGCCUGAGCUCUCGCUUGGAUAUCGGUGGAGCUGCCCUCAAAUUUGAGGUGAAGUCAAACCUUUACAUCAACCAUCUGCUGUGACAGCAAUGCAGGCUUUGAUAUAUUUGAUUAACUUCAGUGUCUGAAGUUGUAUUAUGUUGUUGCAGUAUGACCAAGACGAGGAAACACGAGAGUUGCUCUCUCUGAUGACUCCUGGUACUGGUGAUGAACCAGAAGAUGAGCCUGUAAAUGUGUGAGUAACACUCCUGUAAAUGUUUAGACACUAACACAGGUCAAAGAACAUAAAAAGACUAACUUGUUUCUUAAAAAAGAAAAUGUGAUAUUUCAUUGUUGAUCUGCAUAAUCUUAAAAAUUUAGGGCACUACUGCUAAUGACUAAUACUAUACAAUGGAUUAAAACCUAUUAAUUGAAUAAAUUCUGCAUUUGUUGUCCUGUUUUUCUCUUCAGAGUUGAUUCUCCUCAAGAGACAACAGAAACCACCCCCCAUGCUGAUAGUGAGGCUUCAAAAGUGGACCCAGACUCUGACCUGGACAGGUAAGUAAAAAUAAAGUUCCUAAGUCUUUUAUGCUGGGACAUAGAAUCUUUCUGUGUAACUAUGUUUGGUAAAAUCAGUUCAAGAGUAGUGGUUGUUUUUUAUUUUUUUGCCACGGUGCAGCGAUGAUGAGCUGACUCCGUACGAUAUGUCCGCCGAUCAGGAAUUAAGCAAGGCAUCCCCACCUCGCUACCUUCGAGACUGCCUGGAAAGUACGGCUCCACAAGUAGCAUUUAUCUAACCUGACCUUCUGAGAAACGCUGUUGUUUUCUUCCUCCCUUGACUCUGACAUGUUUUUAAUCUGUCGACCUCUCCAGCUUUAACUUCCUCUGACGAUCCAGUGCGUGUGGAGCUCAGUUUGAGAGCUGCUGAGGGUUUGGUGAGGAAGAAUGCUUUCGCAGCCAAAGAGGUAACAACAAGCAGAAAUACUUCAGAUCACUUUUUACUGAAAAUUUGAUUUUUUUUAAAUAAAAAUGUUUGACAAUUGCGGGGUGUGGCUGCUUAGGUAUGAGUAUCAGAUACUUUCUGUCAGAUAUAAAUGAGGGAUGUUUUGGAUGUGACAUGCUUGGUUUACACUUGAAGCAGUUUUAGAAAUAAUUGGAAAAUAUUUUGGAUUAAAAAACAAUGAACAGUUUUAGCUCUGUUACUGAAUGUCUAAAAUCCAAGCACUCCCUCUUUUAGAUAGUUUCUUUGCACAUUAUCUGUAUUUUUUGGAUUUUUUUCAGAUCAGUGUCCAGCUGACCAAAGUGUUUCUUCACCUGGAGGAUAAAUACAACCUAAGUGGUUUCUUGAGUCUCAGGCAGUCAACCAUGGUGGCGCUCACUGUCAUCGACACUAUCCCUGUAUGAUUUUUCAACCUAUCUUUUUUUUUUUACCCUUUUACAUCAAAAAUGACAAAAUCACAACAGAAAUGUAUCUGUGUUUGCUUUUCUCAACAGGUGACUCAAUAUCUGACCACAGAGUUUUACUCCUUGAACUACAGUCUCCGACAGCGACUGGAUAUCUUGGAGGUUGGGAAAUAGAAGCUUUCACAGUCAUUAUGAAUUGAUGCUACAAGUAGUAAAUGAAGCUAAUGUUGCUUUCUUGUAUCAGGUUCUCUCUCUCGCAGCACAGGAGCUCUCCAAGCCGAUCACAGAGACAAAAGACCAACUCAUAUCAGUAAGUAAUUCCUCCAGCGCUGAUUUAAACCCAUACCCCGGUGACAACCCAGUUCACUGGAGACAAGAAGUGGAGAGACGAAUUCAGAGCAAGACCAGACGUCUCACAAAGGUGGGUUAUGUAGAAUAACUUUUUGUAUCUGCCCUUUUAAUGUGAGAACAAAGCUUUGAAGUCAUUUUUUUGUUGCGUAGGGUGCCACAAAGCCUCCAGCUAAAGCCACCCCAAACCAUUAUGCCCCUGUAGCCGGACACUUCUUUUUCCCUCUGCUCAGGAACUUUGACAAGUAUAAUCCCUUAUAAACUGAUUGAAUUUUUUUUUUUUGCUUGUUUAAAAGGACACUUUAAAUCUUAAAUGGAAUACCUUUUUUUUGCCAGGCCUCAAGUGACCUUUGACCUGCUGGGCACUGACCACCUUGUGCUGGGAAGGUUAAUCCAAACUUUGGGCCUCCUCAUGCACCUGGCAGUGAAUGCACCGGUACUUUGCUCAAAUCUGCCUUUGUGUGAUAAAUGUGUGAUAGCAGAUAAUGAUGCCUUUAAAGCCCAUGAAGACAUUUAAACUGUAUCACAGUAUUACUACGAGCUAAUCAGAACGACUCCGGUGACCUUUACACACUAUGAGAGUAUUACAGCAUAUUCUCAAGUUUUAUCUCUAUGGGCUUCUAAGAGUUUGCUUAUUGUUUUUCAUGCAGAUAGCUGCACAGAUGGGUCGUGCAUUACUGGACUUUGUGUGGGCGGUACGCUAUCAUGUUGACCAGUGAGUAUGAAUAGUAUCAGUGCUAAAAACUGUGGAGUCUGGGAGAUCUCUUUGGGGUUGCUAACAGCAUGAUAACAUGGUUACCUGCUUAUUAUGAGGCUGUUUAUGACAAAAAUUGAAUAAAGCAAUAUAUUUAAUCAGUGUGGUGACUUUAGAAUGGGAAAAGUCAACAUAAGAUAUAGAUUCGAAGAGUCUGUAAGGUUUGGAUAGGAUGUUUGAUUUGUCAUCCUAGGGCCAGUUUUAACCUGCUAUCUGUCUGUUAAAGAACGGUGAGACGAGGCGUCCUCUUCGCUGUCUGCUCUGUGUUUCUGAGCGUGAACAGUCAGAACCUGCUGGUGGACCUCAGUGAUCAGCUGUUUGAGACCAGAACCUGGUUAGCAGGUAAGAAAAUGUGGUAAUGAACAUAAUCAUGAAAAUGAAAGUUAAAAAAUGCACUUUCGACACUAUCAGCCAUGAUAUUAUGACAACUGAUAGGCUAAGUGAUUAACAUUUAUUACCUCUGUAAAGAUGCCUAGCCCAGGUUUACACUUGAAAGAAUGGAAGGUCCACACGAAUGGUCAGUUUGAAAAGCUUGAGACUGUUCAGGUAUAUAAAGCCGCCCAUGUUUCCAAGCAUUCUACUGGCAUUUGGUUGACCUGAAGACGAGUCCAUGGAGGGUAAGAACAAAGGACAACAUGUUUUAAGGAGCCAUAGUUGAACAUAUGGAGAGCCCAUAUAGGGGAAUACCAUAGCAUAACAUAUUUUGGGAAUCUGAGUGAUGUCAAAAUGUGUACAAGGUCCUUGUUGAAGAUGGUUGUCGGAGGUCCGUGGCCCCAGGAAUCUCACAUCAACAUAUCCACGGUAUCUGAGUUACAUAGCUCCACCACCCUAAAGGCUGAUGGGACUGGCUAAAGAAAAUUCUCCUUACAACCUCUUUAUAAAGGCACCUGUCAAUGGAAAUAACAGCAGCAUGUGAAUAUUUUAGUCCUCAAAGUUGAUGUGUUGCAACUUUUGUUUGCAACUUUGUCAAGGACCAAUUUGAAAAACUGUCUGGACAGCUAGUUCAGGGCAUCCCAAAACUGCAGCUGUUGCACCUGCUCACCUAGAAAAAGUACCUACAGAGAGUGGGCCAAGGAAAGGAAAUGGGAGAAGCAGUGACAGGGUCAUGGGCAUUCAAGGCUCACUGGUAGGUGUGGGAAGCGAGCUGGGCAUGGCUCAGGUCAGGGCUUCUUUGGUCCUAAGCUGAUAAGAGGGAGGUCUGCACAAUAUAAGGCAGGUAGUCAGUGUUAUGGCUGAUUGGUGUACAUCUUUCCUCAUAGGGAUAGGUUGUCUGAUCAUGAGAAAAUUGCACAGUGUUGACAGUUUAUGUGAAAAAAAAAAUUGCAAAGACAAUUUUAUAAUAUUAAUUAAUUCAUAUAUGAAUACAAAGAGUAUCUGUAGGGAUUCGCACGAAUGAAUGUUUAAAUGUAUAGAGAAAUCAAUGUGUAAGAAGUUUAAAUACAUUAUUAGAAUUCAAAUUUGAACCCUGACAGGUGGAGGGACCACCCAGUCACUAUUCGUAAUCCCUUACAUAUUUUCCUACUCUUCAGAACAGACUGAGACAAAAACUAAUGGUUUUGCCAUGAUCAGUCAAAUCAGUCUGCAGAUUUGAUUGGACUGGUCUGUGCAGGCAGGUUGUCUCUACUGCUCCAUUGCUGCUGAGAAUUAAUGAAUGUCAGGAGGUUUUGACCAGUUAGAUUUAACAUAACAUAGUAGUAUAUCUUAAUGAUAUUUUUAUAAGGUUAAAGAGAAAAAACUGCAUUUGUUUUCAAUAUAUAUGGUAACAGUACUACAAUUUUUCACACCAAAAUUUUAGAAAAUCAGCAAAUUGUUCACAUGUCCGUCUUUCAGUGUAGUAUUCACUGUAAACUGUUUGAUUCCUGUAAAUACUCUGAGGCUGCACCUGUACGAUGUAUUUCUGUCGGGGAUGUCCACUCUGUGACACACAGACAUGAAGAGCACUCACACACACACAAACACACACACACUCACACACACACAGCUGGACUGAGCAUUUCUGGGAAUUAGAUGAGGAACCAGGAUGUCCUGUGCUACACAGACUGUCCAUGACGUGACUGAAUCCUCCACAGUUUGAUGUUCCUCCAUUCCACAGAGAAUAAAAUUAGCUGCAUAUGGAACAGAGCGACGUGGAGGUGAAUGACACAGAGUAAAGAGCACAUUAUUUCCCUCUUAAAUGGGAAUGUUACUUUCACAGAAGAAGCCAGGAUCAUGAACAAGCAUAGAGAUCAAAAUACUUCACUCUGCAUUUGAAAUUGCACUAAGAGAUGUAUUUUUGUAGACAAAUUUUAUGACCACAAUUUUUUGUUGUUGUUUCUAAUAUCUACAGAUGUGGCUGAAGGAGACCCUGAUGCAGAUUGUCGGAGUUUAGCUGUACAGAGUCUGGUUCUGAUGGACCAGAGCCUGAAAAAACAGUUACAAGAUCCUCAAGCACUGAGUCUAGAAUCCUGA